AUGUCGCUGAUGCCGUCCGAAAUGAUGACCAGUUUGAACCAGAUGCAAGUGACGUGCCCACAGCAGCCUGAGCAACAGGUCAUUGUAUUGGUCCCCGUGGACCAGAACUACAUGACUUCAAUCCAAAACUCCGGUGUUCCAGUGAACUACGUGACUUGGUGGCCCCAGUCAACCCAGCCGAACGUACAUCAACAAGUUGCAAGCAUGCCAUCUUUACAGGUUCCAUGUGCUUCAGCUCUUCAGGCAACAUCCGUCCCGCCCAGCAGUGGCCAGCCGACUCCGCGUACAGCCCUGCCCAGUGAUGACAGUGACGCGGAGAAGAUUGAGAAGCCACGAUUCACAGCCAGCACAGCACGGCGCCUGAGGCGAAAGCGUGCGGCAGAACGUGCCAAGAUUGCCCAUGCUGAGGGUGCACCACAGCUGAGCCUGGAACAGCUCCGUGCGAAGUUGAGAGAGGAACCAGCUGUGGCAGUUCAGAGUGUGAAGGGUAAUGUGUGGGCGUGGUCGCGGAAUGAGACCGGCUGUCGCCUGGUGCAAGAGGCAUUGGAGAUGGGAACACGUGAGGCUGCUGAAUUGGCCGCUGAGUUGCAGGGCCAUGUUCUCGAAGCAGUGACAUGCCCCUACGCCAACUAUGUGGUGCAGAAAGUGGUUUUACAUCUCUCCACUGCAGCAAGCAGCUUUGUGGCACAAGAACUUCAUGGCAGUGCUGUCCGUGUGGCCAAACACCGUUUUGCCUGCAGAAUCCUUUGCAGACUUGUUGAGUUGACCAAGUCCAGUGCAACCUCUGCUCUCAUUGAAGAGCUGAUGCUGGAGUUUCCUGACUUGUGCACCCACAACUUUGCACAUCACGUUAUGGAGUCAAUUUUGGAGAACGGUGAAGAGCGCCACAAGAAACAAAUUGCAAAGGUGCUGCUGACAGAUCCUUGGAAGUAUGCAACCCACAAGAAUUCUAGCUACCUUGUUGAAAAGGCAUUGUCCUACUGCAGUCAAAGUGAGCAAGAGAUGCUGGUUGCAAAGCUGGGCCAUGCACAAGCCAUUUUGGACCUCGCUCUGACUCAAUUUGGAUGCUACGUAGCACGAGCACUGCUUCGACACUGGUGUGUGAACGCUGAAGUUGCGAUGACGCUCAUAGCAGAACAUCAGAGAGACUUGGAGGCCACACCACAUGGUCAGAGAUUUUUGGUUGAUGUUGGCCUCAUCCAACCAUGUCCGGUUGGACAGAUGUGA